CACAUUUUCGCCGCCUGAUAUUUGGCAUAUAUACUCCUCCCCAGGUUACCUUACCCUAUCCUCGUCGCGGGGGCUCUUCUAACCUUUUGUGUGAAAAAAAAAAAAAUUAAAAAAAAAAUCUGGUGAACUAAACAUAACUAAUCUAUGCUCUUAACAUCCAUCAUUCCAUAAUUCCCUUGUGACCAAAGAUCCCUCGUCAUUAUUCUCCCCUACCUACGGAGUACUCUAAAACAACACUCUCUUCGCGGACUCUGUCUUGUUUUACUCCUAUUAUUCGACUCUCUCCGCCAAGGCCCUUUGGUCGCUGGUCUUGUUAUUUCUUGAGCCAUCAGCCCGCUUUUCAUUGAUUUGCUGAGCGAGAAUUCCUGGCGUUUUCAUUUAUUUUGGAAGCCCAGUUGUGACAAAAUUCCCAACGGAAACCAUCCAUCAACUGUUUUGCCAGACAAAUUUCACUUCAACCAAACCAAGAUCUUCAUCAAACUCAAAACUCAAAAAAAAACUAAGUCACAACUUUAACCCCGCCAUCAUGUUGUCCGCCGCACAAGACACCAACCGCCGACGUGUGCAUAUGCACCCUACAGCUACUACUGGUAUAUCCCUUAAUUCACAACAUACGCCUAUCUCACGAUGCAACCCUAUGUCCAAUAUGCCGUAUCAAAGACAGCAAGGAGCCACGGAGCAAGCCAUGCGAGCACCAAACCAGGAUUUACAACAUAUCUGGAUCAUCACAGGCCCUGCAGGCUGUGGGAAAACGACUGUUGCCAAAAGUCUAAGUAAGAAGCUGCAGGUGGAAUAUAUUGAAGGUGACGAUUACCACCCAGAAAGCAACAAGCAGAAAAUGAGAAACAACAUACCCUUGGAUGACGGUGACCGCUGGGACUGGCUAAUCGCUCUUCGUGAUGCUGCUAUAGAGUCUCUUCAAACACGCUCAGCCGUCGUGGUGACAUGUUCCGCCUUGAAGAAGAAGUACCGUGACGUCAUCCGUGUUGCCGCUUAUAACCACCCGAUGGUUCAAAUCCACUUCAUCUAUUUAGACGCCGAAGAAGACGUUCUUGUCCAGCGCGUUACAGCGAGGAAGGGCCAUUACAUGCCGCCUACCAUGGUCCAUUCGCAGUUCCAAGCGCUGGAGAAACCGGUUCCGGGGUCAGAAGGGGAUGCGAUCACUGUUUCGUGCGACGCCAAACCGAGUGUGGUGCAGGAUCGUGUAAAUCGCGAGGUGAAUCGAAUCAUGGAGCAGAGGACAAAAUAGACGUUUGGAGGCUUCUCGGGACUACAUGCGAAGAGCGUCGUAGUGUCCCUCCGCGCCCCUGAUCCCCUCCUCCUUCCCCACCCCCCCGACCAUGGACAGAAAUGACGAUUGGAUGCUGCUUCCUUCCUGCGCUGCAAAUUGAAUGCGAAGUUGAAGCAGGGCUGGGUUGGGUUGGGUUGAUGUUUUCGGGAUAACGCCACCACACUCCGUCCUCCCGACUUCGAUUUGAUCAUGGUCCAUUACCCGUGCGAAAGGGACUUAAAUCUUCUUCUUCUAGUGAUGGCACAGUUGGCUCCCAGCUUCUGAGGACCGAGGACCGAAACAGGCUGAUCUUGGAAAUUUCACAUGGCACAAUUCCAAUCAACUCGAUACCAACAACUGUAUCCGGAUUAAUCCAAUCCUCAUAGAACUACCACAUUGCCGACGAGCCUUUUUUCUUUCUUUCUUUCUUUCUUUCUUUCUUUCCUUCUUUAUAUUUUUAAUAAAACUUUUAAUUUUCCAUCCCGUCGCCCUUUCCCUAUCUCCUCUUGCCCCAGUUCCUCGCAUCAAAUAUCAAAUAUCUUUUGGUUAAAGUUUUAUUCCUCUGUCAAGCAGCGAAGAAAGCGUGUCUCUUAUCAUCUCUGUUUUACUUCCUCUGUCUGGCCAGCCACAUUUUUCGUUCCCUAUAUCCUGAUUUUUCCUCGUUCUCGUUUUCCUUUUUCCUUUCCCCCCCUCUUUUUUUUUUUUUUUUUUUUUUUUUUUUUUUUUUUUUUUUUUUUUUUUGCAAGGCGUGUUUGGGCGUAUUCAAUCUAAACAAGGGCAAAUUUCCUAACCCUAACGAGAAGGGCAAGACGGGGUCCACGGGUACACGGUACUGUGUUUCGGCGCAGGAAAGACUUUGGAAAGAAGCAAUGUUGGAAAUUAGCAUCGGUCUGUGUUUUAUUUUUUGUUAUCUUUCUUCGUUAGUUACCUUUACCUAGGUUUUUCACCCUAUUUUGCCUGCCGCUUAUCAGCUCUUGUACUUUCUUCUACUGUUGUUUAUUCAAUAAAUCAAAGACUUGAAAAUAUAUAUAUAUAUCAAUCACAGAGAAGAAGCAAAGCUUAGACCACUCGUUCUAUCUGGCACGCUACUCUGUCUCCCUCACCUCACCGCCUAAGGCUAUCUAUCCUUUCAUAAAUGAUCUAUCAGUACUGAAUAUGGGAUAUAAAUCUUGCUGUACAAACACUGCAUUCAAUAAGACAAGCAACAACAACUCAAAUAGAAUUUUAUCGUCAUCCUCAACGCCAUGCAGCAAACUAGGCAUAUACAC